UGAUGAUGCGGCGUGAGGCGAUUGGGGUAGGUCCGGGAAGCGGCGAGGUCCACGGCUCCCGUCCCGUGCCCUGCACACGCUGGGAAAGGCGCUUGCGGGGUCGACCAUGAAGAUGAAGCUGUGCGGAGUGGGCUGCGGGCGGCUGGGGACGCUGGUGGGCCUGGGCAGGAACGGGGCUGCCACCCUGGCGCUGCCAGGUUGCCUGCUGUACACGCGGACCGGCUCGGCGCCCCACCUCACCCACGACACCCUGCAGGAGGUCGGCGGCGUCCCCGCUGUGGCCCAGCUCACCUUGCCCACCAUGGCAGAACUUCAUGAGGUACUGGAAGAAUAUAAAGAAGGAGCUGCAAAAUUUAUAGGUAUGCCAGACACUGUGCUCUACUGCUCCCUUCUUGACCCAGUUGCUCCCUGUCCAUCCGGCUACAACACUAACAAGACAGUCUCCCUGUGGGGAGCUUCAGGGCGCAUGGAACUGACAACUUCCAAGUUCAUGGACAUACAGCGGGCCAUCCAGCCAGACUGGUUCCAGUGCAUCUCUGAUGGAGACACCAUUUCAGGGGAAGUUAGUAGAAAAAGGGCUAAGAAGUCUGUGGAUAGGUCUCUUUCCUUCCUGGAUGUAUGCCUUCAGCUGCUAGAAAAGUCACCGGAACUACAAGGAAGUGUAAUGUUUGGGGCAAUUGAAGGUGGAGAUGUCUUGGAAGAGAGGCUCAGAUCAGCCAGGGAGACUGCCAAGCGACCUGUGGGUGGCUUUCUGCUAGACGGCUUCCAGGGAUCUGCCAUGGCCAAGGAGACCAAGUUGAAACUGAUAGCUUCUGUCACAGCAGAGCUACCCGAGGAUAAACCAAGAAUCAUCCAUGGUAUUGGCAAACCAGAUGAGGUGCUUGAGUGCAUUGAAAGGGGAGUGGACAUUUUUGAGAGCUUCUUUCCCUUCCAAGUGACAGAGCGAGGCUGUGCCUUGGUUUUCAGUUACGACUGCCAUUCAGAUCCCGAAGCAGCAGUUCUAAAACAAAAUGGGGCCCAGGACAUGGAGAAGAAUGGUGCUGAAGACCAGGAUGAGAUCUCCAAAGCUGACCCAGAAAUGACACCAUUUGAGAUAUUUCUGAAGGACAAAAGAUACCAAGAUGAUUUUGGUCCUUUGCUGGAAGGAUGCACCUGUUACUGUUGUCAGAGGCACACUCGUGCCUAUGUCCAUCACCUCCUCGUGACCAAUGAGCUGUUGGCUGGUGUCCUGCUUAUGAUGCACAACUUCCAGCACUACUUCAGUUUCUUCAAUGCCAUACAGGAUGCCUUAAGAGACAAUAAACUGGAUCAGCUGAAAAAGCUUGUCUUCAGGCAGGCACUUCAAGGACCAGCAAAUGCAAAGCCAGGCCAGUGAGCUCAAAGAGCAGAGAGGAGGCUGCAGGAUACGUCCUUACCAGUGGGACUGUAUAAGGUGGACUCCCAGUAGGGUCACCUGGACCUGUUAAUAGCAAAAUGCCUGCCUUCCUGGAGGGAAUUAAAGGAGACAUUUGACAAGGAUCUCACUUCCUCAAGGGGAAGGAAAACCUUAUUCAAAUGGUUAAUCAGCUUGUUGCAUUCUUGGGGUGUGGAAGAGCUUGAACAGCUCACAAGACCAAUAUGGAUAGCUUUGGUUUUAGUUACUCCUCAUUGGGUUUUGAUGUGGAAGGACAGAAUUACUGAACCUGUGGUUGAAGAGGAAGCAGGACAUACACCUAAAAUUAAUCCAGCUGCCUGGAGAUUUAGCAGCUGCUUGGGACUCUCAUUCCAUAUCCAAUGAAUGUUACAGGUAAUUAUUUUUCUAGGAAAUUCUAGUGGUGUGGUUGUCCCAUCAUGCAGUCCCAUGUUUUGGACAUUGCCAUCAUCUGUGUCCCUGAAAAGAGCUGGUUGAAAGUGCUGCUGUGCUCAGUGGCACAAAGGACUGUAUGUGUAAUUCUUCCUCAGGCUGCCUGCAGUGUGGAAUAUUCUCUGGGACAGGAGGACAAGUCCUUUGUGUGGCCUUGAAAACCCCUGCCUCAGGAAUCUUAGUCUGCAACAUCAGAGCCAGAAAGAAGAGAAAGUGUUUCAUCCAUGUCCUGCUACAGAGGGUUUUUAUGACUCUGUCUGACACCUGUAUGGACUGAGAUUUCACUCCUUCAUUAGCAUGUGGAUGAUAAUGUAUGGACCAGCUGUCCUAGCACUGGUCAAGUAACAGGCUACAUAAAUGUCAGUGCAAGAUGGAGCUGUGGAAGAAAUGUAUCACAGGAAAAAGUGUUCAGAAAAUAUUCUUGUGGCUCUUUGUUUUAAAAUAUAACUUAGGUAUGUCUCAUUCCUCUUACUCUGUUGGGGUUUUGAGUGUUUUGGGGUUUUUUUAUAUUUUAAUGCCUCUUAACUGUGGAAUCCUGAAUUUAUUCCUGUUAUGUUGCAAAACAACAGUAAAAAAGAUUGUACUCUUCAUUAUACUGGCUUCUCAAUGUGUGACAGAGGUGGUGCCCCAGAGAGCUUGAGUGCAGUGUUCAAGAAGAUAUUUAUAGAUGGUGACAAGACCUGCCUUCAGCCUUCUCUGCUCAAGACUAAACAGUCCCAGGUCUUUCAGUCUUUCUUCAUAGGAGAGAUAUUCAAGCCCCACAGUCAUCCUUGUGGCUCUCCAUUGGACUCUCUCCAGCAGAUUCCUGCCCCUCUUGAAUCAGCCAGCCCAAAGCUGGACACAGUAUUCCAGGUGUGGUCUCACUAGAGCAUAAUAGAAAGGGAAAAGAACCUCCCUAGACCUCCUGGGCACACUCUUCUUGAUGCACUCCAGGAUGCCAUUGGACGUCUUGGCCACAAGGUCACAUUGCUGUCCUGUGGAUAGCUUGCUGUCCAUUAGAACUCCAAGGUCUUUCUCCAUGGAGCUGCUUUCUGGCAGGAUGAUCUAUAGUCUGUACUAGUGCCUGGUGUUAUUCCUCCCCACUUGCAGACUCUGGACUUGAUGAGAUUCACCUCUGCUCAGCUCUCCAGUCUGUCCAGAUCUUACUGGACAGCAGUACAGCCUUCCCAUAUGUCAGACACCAC